AUGGUCGCUUUCUCAAAGGUAGCCGUUGCCGCCUUUGCCGGCUUGGUUGCUGCUCACCCUGGCGAGAAGCACGAUGCUCACAAAUUGAAGCGUGAGAUUUCUGCGCGCGACAAUUACGCUCGUGCUCAGGCUCUUCAGGCCCGAUCUAUCCAACGCCGUGCCAAGAAGGUCGAGAAUUUGCGCCAAAAGCGUGGAAUUACCGGUGCUGCACGCAAGGAUAAGCGUGACCUUGCUGACCUCCAAGCUUGGGAGGCCAUCAACCACAACCAGACCGGUGUUUACAACUACGACUCGUCCACUUCUCCCGAGGAUAUCUUUGGCGCCAACACAAGCUGCAUCCUGGCACCCGAAGUGACUGACGGCCCUUACUACGUUGUUGGAGAAUAUCUCCGCUCCGACGUAAAGGAGUCUCUCUACUCUGAAGGUGUCGACACGUACCUCGAGGUCCAGUAUAUCGAUGUCACUACUUGCGAGCCCAUCAAGAACGUCGCCGUUGACAUCUGGAACGCCAACGCGACUGGUGUCUACAGUGGCAUCUACACGGAUGGCAACUACGCCGCCGACGGCCUCAACUCCACCUACCUCCGUGGUGUCCAACUCACCGACGCUGAUGGUAUCGUGGCCUUUGAGACCAUCUUCCCGGGCCACUACGAUGGCCGCGCCGUCCACACGCACUUGCUGGCUCACACCAACGCUUCCGUCCAGUGCAACGGCACCGUCUCCUCUUGGGAUGCCAAGGUUGCCCACAUUGGCCAGCUCUUCUGGGACGACGCCCUGCGUGCCGAGGUUGAAGCUACUUACCCCUACACCGAGAACACUCAAGCUCUGACUACCAAUGACGACGACAUGUGGUCAAUUGUCCAGGCCGAUGAGACGUACGACCCUCUUCCUCAGUACAUUUACCUCGGUCCCUCUAUCGAGGACGGUCUGUUCGCCUGGAUCCAGAUUGGCAUCAACGGCUCUGCCGACUACACCGAUGACGACUACUACAGCAUCGCUGCUUACCUCGAUGAGAACGGAGGCCACGCCGAGAGCAGCAGCAUGGGUGGUGACGCCGGCGGUGAUGCUGGCGCGGGCAACGGCACUGCUCCUAGCGGCACCUUUUCGGGCACCGCUCCUACUGGCACUGCCGUCUAA